UGGUUAGAGAGGUAUAUUAGUGUGAAUUUCCCUCUAUUUGUCCUACCUUUUCUCUUCUAUCAACUCCCACAAGUCUUUGGCAUAAUGAAGUGGGUAACCUUUAUUUCCCUUCUCUUUCUCUUCAGCUCUGCUUAUUCCAAGGGUGUGUUUCGUCGAGAUACACACAAGAGUGAGAUUGCUCAUCGGUACAAUGAUUUGGGAGAAGAUCUUUUCACAGGCCUGUUGCUGAUUUCCUUCUCUCAGUAUCUCCAGAAGAGCCCAUUUGAAGAUCAAGAACAAUCAGUGAAGGAAGUGACUGAGUUUGCAAAAACAUGUGUUGCUGAUGAGUCAGCUGAAAAUUGUGACCAUUCACUUCAUGCUAUUUUUGAAGAUAAAUUAUGUAGUAGAGUUAGAGCUCAUAGUGACGUCUAUGCUGAAUUUGUUGAGUGUUGUGAGAAAAAAGAACCCGAGAGACACAACUGUUUCCUGCAACACAAAGAUGAUAACCCACCUGUCCCUCCAUUUGUGAGAGGAUCUGCUGAUGAUUUGUGCACUGCAUUUCAUGAAAAUGAGAAGAGGUUUUUUGGAAAAUAUAUAUAUGAAGUUGCCAGAAGACAUCCCUACUUUUAUGCCCCAGAACUCAUUUACUAUAGUUACAAGUAUAGAGAGAUAUUGGCAGAAUGCUGCGAAGCUGCCGAUAAAGCUGCCUGCCUGACACCAAAGAUUAAUUCUUUGAAGGAAAAAGUAUUGACUGCAUCUGCCAAAGAGAGAUUAAGGUGCGUCAGUAUCGAAAAAUUCGGAGAGAGAGCUUUCAAAGCAUGGGGAGUAAGUCGCCUGAGCCAGAGAUUUCCCAAGGCUGAAUUCACAGAAAUUUCUAAGAUAGUAGCAGAUCUUGCCAAAAUCCACCAGGAGUGCUGCCACGGUGACCUGCUUGAAUGUGCAGAUGACAGGGCGGAUCUGGCCAAGUAUAUAUGUGACAACCAAGACUCACUCUCCAGUAAACUGAAGGGAUGCUGUGAUAAGCCUGUGCUUGAAAAAUCCCACUGCAUUCUUGAAGUGGAAAAAGACGAUGUGCCUGCUGGCCUGCCCCCAAUAGCUGAGACUUAUGUUGAGGACAAGGAUGUUUGCAAAAACUAUCAUGAGGCAAAAGAUAUCUUUCUGGGCACGUUUUUGUAUGAAUACUCAAGAAGGCAUCCUGAUUACUCUAUGUUUUUGCUGUUGAGAAUUGCCAAGGCAUAUGAAGCCACACUGGAGAAGUGCUGUGCCGCUGAUGAUCCCCAUGCAUGCUAUGCCAAAGUGCUUGAUGAAUUUAAACCCCUUAUUGAAGAGCCUCAGAAUUUAGUCAAACAAAAUUGUGAAGAUUUUGAGCACCUUGGAGAAUAUGGCUUCACGAAUAAGCUCUUAGUUCGUUACACCAGGAAAGUACCCCAAGUGUCAACUCCAACUCUCGUGGAGGUCUCAAGAAAACUAGGAAGGGUGGGCACCAAAUGCUGUAAGCUUGCUGAAUCUGAGAGGAUGCCAUGUGCUGACGACUUCCUGUCUGUGAUCCUGAACCGGCUGUGUGUGCUGCACGAGAAGACACCAGUGAGUGAGAGGAUCACCAAGUGCUGCACGGAGUCCUUGGUGAACAGGCGGCCAUGUUUCACCGCUCUGCAUGCUGAUGAAACAUAUGUUCCUAAAGAAUUUAACGAUGAAACGUUUACUUUCCACGCCGAUUUGUGCACACUUCCUGAGGAUCAGAAACAAAUCAAGAAACAAACUGUGCUGGUUGAGCUGUUGAAACACAAGCCCAAGGCAACAGAUGAUAAACUGAAAACAGUGAUAGGAGAGUUCACAGCUAUGGUGGAGAAGUGCUGUAAGGCUGACAGCCCUGAGGCCUGCUUUACCUUGGAGGGUCCAAAACUUGUUGCUACAAGUAAAGCUGCCUUAGCUUAAAAACGACACAAUCAGCCUACCCUGAGUACAAGAGCAAGAGAAGUGAGGAUCUAGAAUUUACUCAUCUGUUUUUCUUUUCUGUUGGUGUAAAACCAACACUCUAAGAAACACUAAUUUCUUUGAACAUUUUGCCUCUUCUCUCUGUGCUGCAAUUAAUAAAAAUGAAAACAACCUGACACCGUGGUCCAGAACUGUUAUUUGCCAAAGGGGUGUUGCUGUCAUGCUGAACAUCUUGUAGGUUCUGUGAAAGUCCCAGUAUUCUCAUGCUUCACUUCAACAGAGGAUCUCUAGUUCCCCAUAAAGAAAUGUUUAUUCUCUUCUGAGGUAGAGACUAUAAACAUUCAUAGUAG